AUGCCUGCAGACGCCGAGCUGCGAAAUUCCAGUCCAGAGCGAACGACACCUUGUCCAGAAUUUUACAAUUCAGGGGCGCCAACUGAAAAUAGUCAUCGAACGCGGCAGAAAGGCUCAAGAGUUAGCGUUCAGGGUCUCGUUGUGAUUCGAGAUCGUACCAGGUUCCUUACCGACCGUUCCUGUUCAGCAUCUCUAGACCGUUUUGCGUCUGUUUCCAACGUCAUCGUCUUCACCGAAGUCGCAGCAGUAGCAGUCAACAGUAUGGGAGGCAAAAAGAUCUCAGAACGUUCUAUAAAGAAAAAGUCGGGGCCCACGCAUCCACAUUCAAGAAGGGCCACGCAGCUUGCAAGAGUGGCCCACCGCAAGGACAAGCUCAAUCAAGCCAAAGCCGUUCGAGGUCGUUCUUCCAAUGCCAAGGUGGAUCGUCUUUCUACGCUUAUACUAAUGCUGCCAGACGAUGUCGAUGCUUUGCCGGAUCUAGCAUCCGUACACGCCUUUGUCGCCGAUACUUUCAUCAAACGCCACGACGACGAGUUGCAAGAGCUCAAAUCAGAACGCAGAUCAGGCAGACCUCCUCACAAGCGUGAGAUCGAGCUCAAGGAGAUCAUAUCAAAAGAGUUGCAAGAGUACAGGGAGGGAUUCGAGCUCCCAGACCUUACCAAUACGAUCAACGUCAAACUCCUCCGCGAAUGGCAGGGCGACCCGCAAGCACUGCCACUCUUUCGCAUGGUCCGUAUCAACUCUGCCAAUCCAGAUCAAUGCAAGCUCAUGCACACUGGUACCCACAAACUUCUCCAGCUCGAGCUUCAGCAGCAGAAUGAGGCCAACGCUUCUCUGAUGGAAGUUUAG